AUGGCAUUUGAGGUCAGAUUCAGAAUCCCAGAUGAUCUGAACCGACGCGGAUCAGACGACGAUAGAAAUGACGACAAUAGUGGAGGGGGGUGCACCAGCCGUAGUGACAUCACCAGCGAUAGUGGCAUCAUCAGAAGAAACCACUAUGGCUCCUCCGACAAUAACUCAUCCGCAUCAUCCCACAUUGUCGUCCUUACAGUUUCCCCUACGGAGCUACUUAGGUCAGUCUUCAACAGACUGUUUCAGUCACAUCUGCCACACUGCUGCUUACCAUGCGACACAAAUCAGCAGCAGCCAGGAGCACACGUAGGGGAGAAACCGUGGACGGAUAAUUUUAUUCGGACGCAGCAGCAGCAGCAGCCCGUCCGCUUCAUCGUUUCUGGGCAGGUAGCGUACCUUUCUCCGCAGACAACAGUACAGCGAGCCAAGCUCAAAACGGGUACAACCAUUCUAGUACUCCCUGUGAAAGCAGUGGAUCAUGGAGAAGGCCCGGGUGAAGUUGAAUCAGCAGGCGUUUCAGCCGGUGUUAUUGGUCCAGCUGCGGCGCCUUCUGUGGGCGUACCUCGUCUUGCCGCUACCACUGCUGCUGCUGCUGCUGCUGCUGCUGCUGCUGCUGCUGCGCCACCCGUCGGAGUUCUCACUGCUUCAUCGGCUGCUGCCAUGCGUCCUUCUGUUGCUGCUCCAGUGACACCACUUGCUGCUGACGUGGCAGCACCUCCAGAGGAGGAGGAGGAGGAGGAGGAGGAGGAGGAGGAGGAGGAGGAGGAGGAGGAAUAUUCGGAGAAGCUUCAGCUGCUGUGUCGGGAGGACAUGGUCCACUACUUGGAUGUGAGAGAAGCAUGGGACCUGGCCGUGUGUGAGUGCUGUUUCAACCGUGCUGUGAGCCAGCGCACACAGCACGCCCUCAUCAUGCACAGCCUCAAAGACUUUCGCUCCUACGUGCGAUCGCGGCAGCCUGCGUCCGUCCAGCUCGCUCCCAACCAACCGGUCCAGGCCAUCGUGGGUGAGCUAGGGGCAGGCAGGCAGAAGGACGAUGACUCUUUUGCUUCCAUUCUGGUUCAGAUUCUUGGGGUGAAGGAAAAAGGGGAUCUGGAGGAAGGCUUUGGUGCUCUCAUGCAGAAUCUGCUGUCAGGCGGGCUGGAAAAGGGAAGACGGCGCAUGAAAAGAGAAAGGGGAGAGGCGGGAGAGGAGCUGCAGGAGGAUGGGGUGGAUGGGAGGGCAGAUGGAGAAGGAUGGGCAGGGCGGGCAGUAGAGGGAGCAUCUGAAGGGGCCUUUUUGUCCAAGCCGCAAUACUGCAAGGAGAGUGAUUUCUACUUUCAGGAUGGGAACACUGCGAGCAAGACAAAGGUGGAGGAUGCAGCCAUUGAGACGGCCAGGGAGAGGCUGAGAGGGAGGGCACGGAGUGAAGGGGGGGGAGCAGGCAUGGGAACAGCAGCAUCCGCUAUACCUCCAGUAUCAGCGCUGCCAGCAUCAUCUGCAUCAGUGGCAGCAGAGUUUACCUCCACUGACGCUGCUCUGGUGCGAUCUGUGCCUGUGAACACAAACCCUGUCGUUGCAGUCUUCACAUAUCGUGCUGCCUGCAUUCUGGAAUGGGCCCGCACGUAUGGGUCUGAAACCAUCCCCGCUAGCCAGUGCUGCAAAGACAGCCCCCAGGGGAAGGUUCGGCCCAUGCGCCACCCGCUUCGGGACCUUCCGAGCCUGCUGGUCAGGCUUGGCGCCAUCCCCAAGCCGCUGGACCAAGGCAGUUUUCCCUUGGAGUGGGAGGCGUGGCCUCAGGGCGAUGAAGCUGUUGUGAAGCUUCCUGAUGACUCCAGUGCGAGAUGCUUUCACCUGGGGAUUGUGGAGGACGCUAAGGGGACAGCAGGGCAGCGGCAGAGUGGGGCAGGAAAGAAGGGCGGACAGAGGACAUCUUUGACUGCGAGGGGGCAAGGAGGAGACAAAGGGAGGGGCAAGAGAGGGGGAAGGAGCAGUGGGCUUGGGGAAGAAGUUAGAAUUGAAGGAUUGAGGACAAGCGACGAUGAGGGGUUGCUGCGCAAGCUGCUCACGUCGCUGCUGCCGCUAGUGCAGAGGAAAUUUCCCAUCGUUCGCUGCACUGCCGAUGCCGAGUUUCUGGUGGAGUUUGCCGGGUUUCUGGUCAGGCCACCUGCCUGUGCGCAGUGCAAUGAGUGCCUUGGGGUCUUCAGCCGUCCCAUGCCCUUCCUCAUGCUCAUCGCCAACUACGCCUACCGACCUGUCACCACCCUUUUCAACCGCUUUGUAUCCAUCUUCUCUCCCCUCUCUCCCGAAUUCGAACGGCUCGCUGCUCGUAUGGGUGUGCCUCUCGCUGCCAACGCGCCUGGCUAUCUAAGAUCGCCUGCGGUGCAGGCUCGGGCAGAACAGCUUCCUGUUCUCUUUCUGCUGACUGUGGCUCUAAACUGGGCUGCCCCCAUCCUGGGAAUCACGGACCUGAAGUUCCUACACAGGCUGCGAGACGGAAAGGAAGAGGAUGGGAGGGUGUGGGAGGAGGUGCAAAUGUGGUGCCUAGCGGUGGAGCUUGCGUGGCAGGGCGGCAUGAAGCUGGAGGCUGAGGUAUUGAGAGACAGGUGCAAGGGCAGCAAGGGGCGGGCCAGUUGGGAUGGAAAGGAGGGGGAGGUGUUUGCGAGUGCAAAGGGGCAUGAGUUGUGGAGAAGGGCUGCCAUACCCAGGUUCUGUGAAGACAUGCAGGAUGAUAGUGGGCCUUCCGGUGGUUUCACUGGUCGCGAAAAUGACAGACGAAGGGGUGGGAAUGAAGGGAGCAGGGGUGAUCAUGGAAAGGGCAAAGAGGGGGAGGAGCCGGCUUAUCUCAAGGCAUGGCCGGGGGGAGUGAAUUUGGUGGCAUGUCUGUGA